ACACGGUCGAUUAACUGUGUUCCCAACCCGAAUGUAAUUCACGUGCUCUGUGUCGUGCGAAUUGUAAUCACUUUGAUCGUCUCCGCCGUGUAGCACCAUGCCGCGUGCUUUCCUCAUCAAAAAGAAACAGCAGUGUGCCCGGAGUGGAAUACCUCUGUCCAGGGCGAAUUGGUCAGAUGAAGAUACUAAUGAUGCUGGCAUUAUGGAUAAUUCGAGCUUCCAACCUCAGUUUGUACCUCUUACCGUUGUGUCAACAGAUACGAAAGGCCCUUUUGACUUAAGUAUGAAACCGAAAACGCUUGACGAAAAUUCCAGUGAUAGUGAAAUGCUACGUGUGUCUCCCAAGCCAACGGUGGACCAUUCUCCUCAUCCUCCAGCAACAAUCAUUGCACCUAAACCAAUAAAGCCGACUCCAAAGACAGCAGAGGAAAUGGCUGCUACCAGACCCCAUUGGCAGCGGCAAAUGAUGCAAUCGUAUCUUCCAUUAAACUACCCAAUUUACUCAUAUCCUCGAAGGCCAACUGAAGUCUAUCCUUAUAACAGUGGUUACACUCACAGUCAGAAUACCUUAGUGCCUCCACCACUAGUGCCUUUAAGUUCAGCGUCUGCCAAUUCCGAUAGAUAUUCUCCUUCUAGAGAAAGAUACGAGGUUGUACCACAUAGGAAUGUGUCCCCAACUAUGCUUGCGUCAGGUAGUCCGUCGCCUCCAUCUGUUUAUCUCGGCUGGUAUUCCGAUGGACAAGAUUCUGGACUUGCAUCUUCGCCCAGUCCCAGUUCUGAAGACGGUGAGAUGAUAUCAAAAGCGAACCCUACCCGCUACCAAUGUCCGGACUGUAAUAAAAGCUAUUCUACUUACAGUGGACUAUCUAAGCAUCGGUUGAUGCAUUGCGCCACACAUGCCAAGAAAUCUUUCUGUUGCAAAUACUGUGACAAAGUUUACGUAUCUUUAGGAGCCCUUAAGAUGCAUAUCAGGACGCACACUUUGCCUUGUAAAUGCAAACUGUGCGGAAAGGCCUUUUCUCGUCCUUGGCUGUUACAAGGGCAUAUUCGCACCCACACGGGCGAGAAACCUUUCUCGUGUCAACAUUGUAGCAGGGCAUUCGCGGACAGGUCUAACCUCAGGGCUCACCUUCAGACACAUUCAGAAGUCAAGAAAUACAGAUGCAAGACGUGUAGCAAAACCUUCUCUAGAAUGUCCUUAUUGCUCAAGCACGAAGACGGUGGUUGCGCGGGUGUUGUGCCUCAACAGCAAACGCCUGCCAAUUAAAGAGACUCCAUGAAAUAUAGAAUGAAAAAUGCAUGCCAAGUGAUUGUAGUAAUCAUUGUUCAGUUUAUCUUUGAAACUAGAAUCUCUAUUAAGGAAUUUUUAUUAUUAAAAUAUUCACCCAUAUUUUGUAACUGGUAUUUGAAAUGGAAUGUUAUGGAUGUAAAAUCCUUGUUUGAUAGUCUAAAAGUUUUGUAAAUUGUUUCUAUUUGCUCCAUUCUUGUUUAUAAUUUAAAAAAUGUAAUUAUAAUGAGCAAGCUGCGAAACCUUUAAAUCGGUAUCAAAGUCUAACGAGUUCUUAACAAUAUUAAAUCAUAUGCUAUCUCUACAUAAUAAUAUUAUAAUAUAUUUUCUAAAUUCCUAUCUAUGAAAAUUAAAUUCUUUCUUCCAUUACGUGAAUUUCCACUAAUUUCCAUUUCAAAUGAAUAACUAGUUUAUUAUUAUUAUUAUUAUUAUUAUUAUUUUGAGUGGAAUAUAUAUUUAUAUGUAAAUUGAUUUGAUUUAUUAUAUUGCACAUUUUGUAGAGCAUUUAGAUUGUGAAUUAUUUUUAAUAGGUUUUUGAAAAGAAAAUUUCAAAAUGUGCGAGAAUUUAUGAUGCAUGCUUGUUUGAAUGAAUGGUUAGAAUUAUGUUUAUAUCAAAUGUGAGAUACUACUAGUCUUUAUAGCUAGAAUUAGGAAGACAUUUCAGAAUAAUGCAUUUGAAUCUGCCAUAUUUAAGUAUUCUGUUAGCCUUAUUUUUUGUUUCUCCAAGCCAAAUUACUUUUUCAUGGACAGCAGAAUGAUUCAAUGUUUAAGCUUUAAAAAUGUCAACUUAAUUCAUCAAAAAUGUUAAAUAUAUGUAAAAUUUUGAUAAUGCAUUAUGUAAUUAAUAUUAUUAUAAUUUUAAAUUAACUCUUUGGUAGGCGAUUGUCAACAGUGUUUCAAGUGCAUACAUGUUAGUAUAUAACAAGAUGAAGUACUGCCUAUGAGAAAUGAGAGAAAAGUGUUGAACAUUUUGUGUUUGAAUCAUAUUUCCAAGGAAAAAUUACAUUAAAAAAAUUUUGUUUUAAUAUUAAGCUAAAGAAGCAAAAAAAUAAGUACGAAUAUAAUUUACUUUGUUUAAAAUGCUUUUCCAAAAACCAUAUUAAUUUAAUAAAAAUUGCCCAGGCAUUUAAAAAAAUGUUUUAAAUCAAUUUAUCCUAUUAUUUAAUUUCCGUAAUAAAAUAAACAUACUUAUUUUUUACCACAAGGCUGUUAUUUUUAGAGCAUUUAAGUUUUAAUGAAACUGUUUCGACUUUUAUCUUAAAUGCAAGUUGUUUUAUUUUCCCUUGAAAAACGCAUUGUCUUAUAUGCAUUUUACAGUACUCCAAUCAAUACUGCACUUUAAAUUAUAUUAGCAGAAUCAAAUACCAGUUCAACUUUUCACGCAGAAGUAAGAUACAAAUUUCCUUUAAAAAUGAUACAAAAUGCCUUUAACAGCUUUCUGUGUAAUCAGGUUUGUUGAAGGAAACCUUAAGUUUCCCAUAAGUUGAGCUUCUGCUUAUUUUUAUUUUUUAAAAUAAAAGCAAAUCGCGUUCAUAAUGAAUAGCAUGAAAAGUGGAAAGAAAUUGUAUUAAAAUGAAUCGAAGUUUUCCCAGCAGGGGGGGGGGAAUGCUUUGGAGCGAGAGGACAGCCAUCCAGGCCCGUCUUCCAUAAAGCAUUUAUCUGUAUGCUAAUCCUCUUGCUCUACCCACCUGUUCCAGUUUUCCUGCCACCAGUAGCGUCGGAAGGUCGUUGAUGUGUUGUUUGUGGUCCAGGAGGCGUCACCGAUCUGCCUUGCACCUGUUGCCCAGGAAUGUUCCAACGAAGGUGGUUCAAGGUUCAGCCACCGACUUGUUGUCUUUGACUUUUCUUUAAUUAAGAUUCCCUGCAGCAAUGCAGGUUUUCAUUUUCCCCUCUUGUAACUUUCUUCCCGAGCACAGUGACCUAAAUCAGCCGACUUAAAGAUAAAAUUGAAAAAUUAACUUGAAACUUCUCACCUGGCGUCAAAUAGUUUAAGGUAGCCAUUGUUUUAUCUUAAACCAUUCUUUCUUGAUUUUCUUUCUCUCGUGAGUAGUUGUUAAAAGUCCAUGCUUUCGCGUAUUCGAUCCUGAGAGAUUUAUGAGGGUUGUGUUAGCUGAAAGUUUGAAGUAAAACCUUUUCUUUUUCGUAUCUUUUAACGUUUAAAGAACCCUUCCAUUUUAAAUAGUAUUCAUUUCAAAACCAUUAAUUUUAUAUUAAAAAAUAUAUUAAACGAAAAUUUUACCUGUGAAGAAAAUUGAAGUUAAUGCGAAAUAUGCUGGGAAUUAAUUAUAGGACCGCUGAAGGAUAUUUAUUUCAUUUUUCAGGUUUGUCUUAAUACAAAUUUUAAUAACUAAUUUUCACAACUCUUGAAUUACAUCCAAAAACUCUUUUAUUUUAAAAACUCUUUUAUAAUGAUUCCAAUUAAAAAAUAGAAUUAAUAUGGAAUACCUGCAAUCCUUUUGAAUUUCAAUUAUUUCACGCAAAUUGAAAUGUUUAAUUAAUAUGUAAUACUUAUACAAAAUCAUCUGUCAUAUUUGCUCAAUGAAAUACAGAUACCUCAAAGAGAAAAAUUUGGUGCAGAAUGUUUUAAAAUUACUUUUCUGAGUUUAAAUUGCAUUGAUAAUUAAAUAUUCCAAUAUUUUGUUUAGCAAAUAAGUCCUUUUCUAAUUUUUAGUUAAAAGCCUUUUCCUUGUACAAUCUUUUAGUCAUCUUCUAGAAAUUUCAGGUAAUGUGCUAUUGUAAAUCAAACAAGCAAUAAUUAUUGUUGAUAUGAGCUUGAGAUUUAUUUUCGGAAAGCAUUAUUUAUAUAUAAUAUGCCAUAUGCCUUAGCACUUAAUUCUUUGUGCCAUGUUUAUUUGAGUCGAUAGAUUUCAAUAUUAAAAAUAAUAUCUUCUGUGAAUUAGAAAACAACUCGUUUUGUAUAUAUGUGUUUUAUGUUGUAAAUGUUUAAGAAGCUAGUCAAAUAUAUAUAUUUAUAUAUAUAUAUAUAUACAUAUUUAUAUAUAGUUCGCAAAACGUUACUUUAUUAUGUGCUUCAGUAUCCUGAUUUGAGUGAAUUCAACCAAUCCCGUGCCAUCAAGUACAUUCCUGCCAAGCAUAUUAUGCUGCAUGCAAAGCACUUCUCAUAUUUGUAGUCAUCAGUCCAGCAUUUUUUUGUACUUACACAAAUCUUUUUUUCAGUAAAAACAAUAAUUCUUGCAACUGCAGCGUGGGUUAGAAAUAAAUGACAGUUUUAAAAAUUUUGGAAACCCAUUUUUUACAUUAUUGAAAUAUAACUUUUUGCUGUUCGAUUCAUAUAAAUUAUUUUUAAAUUAACGAUAAUUAAUUGUUGCUGUUUCUCAAUUAAUAGUUUUUUUUCCAGAAACUGUAAAAAUAAAUUUUAAAUUAACUAGUUUUUCAGUAUAAAAUGGUUUUAGUUAUAUACGAUUAUAUUAUUAUAAUUAUUUCAUAUUUAAAUAUAA